AUGUAUUGUGGAGAUUAUACACAAGGAACAAUUUUUCCUGCUCCAAAUUUUAACCCUAUUAUGGAUGCGCAGGUGCUAGGAGGAGCCCUGCAGGGAAUUAGUUGUGAAAAAGAUGUGUUGAUUGACAUCCUAACGCAGCGCUGCAAUUCACAGCGGCUUAUGAUUGCUGAGGCAUACAGAGACAUGUAUGGCAGGGAUUUGAUAGCAGACCUAAAAGAGAAUCUCUCUCAUCACUUCAAAGAAGUCAUGGUUGGCCUGAUGUAUCCACCUGCCUCCUAUGACGCCCAUGAGCUCUGGCAUGCCUUGAAGGGAGUAGACACAGAAGAAAACUGUCUAAUUGACAUAUUAGCCUCAAGAUCAAAUAUGGAGAUAUUCCAGAUGAAAGAAGCCUACUUAAUGCAAUAUAAUAACGAUCUUCAACAAGAUAUCGAUUCUGAGACUUCAGGUCACUUCAGAGACACGCUUAUGAACCUUGCUCAGGGAACGAGGAUGGAAGGAUAUGCAGAUCCUUCUUCAGCUGCUCAGGAUGCAAUGAUUCUAUGGGAAGCGUGUCAGCGGAAAACAGGCGAACACAAAAACAUGCUGCAAAUGAUUCUCUGCAAUAAGAGUUACCAGCAGUUGUGGAUGGUUUUUCAGGAGUUCCAAAAUAUCUCUGGGCAAGACUUGGUAGAUGCCAUUAAUGAAUGUUACGAUGGAUACUUUCAAGAAUUGCUGGUUGCAAUAGUUCUCUGCGUUCGUGACAAGCCUUCCUACUUUGCUUAUAGGCUUUACAAUGCAAUUCACGAGUUUGGAUUCCACAAUAAGACAGUCAUAAGGAUUCUCAUUGCCAGGAGUGAAAUUGACUUGAUGAAUAUACGCCAACGAUACAAAGAGAGAUACGGCAAAUCGCUCUUUCAUGAUAUUAAACAUUUUGCUUCAGGGCACUAUGAGAGUGCUUUACUUGCUAUCUGUGCUGGUGAUGCUGAAGAUUAUUAAUGAAGAAGAUGAUGGAUUUUGAAGGCUGUAUAAAUCUAUUUUAAAUGGAAAUUGAAUCUGUACACAACACACUGUAAGAGAUACUUAAUCUACACAAUAUAAUAGAAAAAUCGGUGCUAUACAUUUGUUAAUUUUAAAUCUUCCUUGAGCCGGAAAAAAUAUGUAAACAAACAUUGUCAGGAACACAGCUUUCUCUCUACUUCUGCCUAAUAUUUCUGUUACUAUAAAUGUAAAUUAAUGGAAGAACUAGUAAAAGAACUUUAUGUAAGCAUAUGUUUACCAUUUAGACUUGCAACAUCCCAAACCUUAGACCACAGAUGCAGAAGAACCUAUUGACUUCUAUUUUGGAGAGAAAAAACAUUUUACUUUAUUUACUUUUAGCAGACAGAUUUCCUCCUUUAAAUGUUUUUUCCCCCUCUUCUUAAAGCGCAGAUUUUAUGCUCUCAAACAGUAGUUUUAGUUACUUUCAAGCUAAGCAUCUGUCCCCUUCUAUUAUCAGUCACUCACUGAAGAAUACUUCUGUAUUCUUUUUCAUUUAGCACACAUACUUAAUGCAUUUCCCUUUUUCUGUUUGAAAAUAAAGAAAAACUUAGAAACAAGUAUUCUUGAUUUAGUGCCAUGCACUGAAAAUCACUGGAAGAGGAAACAUGGCAUGGCCUUCUGCAAACUGACUCAGCAUGCCGAACGAUUCCAUUUUGAAAUUCCAUUUGCAUCACUGUCAUUUAAAUCAUUAAUUGAAUAUGGAUAUUCGGGGUGCUGAGGUAUUCCUAGGGUGUCUCUUAUGGUGUAACUCAUGAGCUGGCUAAUAAUGGGUAACACUUCACCUCCAAACGAGGUUCAAAGAUACAGUGCUCCUGAACCCCAGCAAACAUAGUUUGAGAAUAUUUUGUGACAACUCAUACUGAAGUGAAUAAAGGUGGCAGAGCCCUGUCUCAAGUCAUCAUCCCAAAGGAAAACAUAACACUUCCUAAAAUAUUUUGAGCCUAUUCAGUCUAUCAACUGUACCUUCUAGCCUAUUUGUAUCUCCUGUCAGUCUCUUACGUAAGGGAUUUAUAAGCAAGCGUAAAUGAGGUAAUAUUACACUAAAGUCAUUGUGCUGUUUUGUUUCAUUUUUUUGCCUGCAUUUCAAAGUUUCUGGCUUGACAUAAACCUUUGAUUUAAAACAGGUACUGUGACUUUCUGCCAGUCUGGCUCAGUAUGACUGAAUAAAGCACUGCUAUUAAAGUAUAUAAAUAUGUUUGUUUUCAUGCUGUUUGCACCUACGUCUUUCCCCUCUGAAAAUAAUGUAUUUUUAGUGUACCUUGUUUUUUACAAAUACUGACUUUAGGCUACAAAACUGCCGACUUACAAUAAAUUUGAAAUUUCAGUUGGGUCCCUCUUGAGUUGACAGAACUCAAAAUUUUUGAAGUAGAAAAUUGUCGAGCCAGAACUCUAGGUGGAAAGGACCUAGGAGGAAAGUUAACAAAGUCCUAGAACAAGACAGAGACGUACACUAUGCCUAUAUGUUAUCACUCCAAGGUUAUACUAUGGUUUUGCCCUAAACUUAAGUUACACUUUGGUUUUGGAACUGUAGUCACAGGUAGUUAAUAACAGUCAUGUCUCACCGCUGCGGAGCUCUAACACCGCUUUAACUCCGUAUACUUGCAGGGAGGAGUAGGAACACCUCACAAGUGCCAACCUCUCCCUCACGCGGUGUGCCCCGCACACCAGCCUCCCCCCAGCGCCCACAGCCGGGGUCCGCUGAGGAGAGCGCCCACAAAAUGGCGGCGGCGGCGCUAGGGCCCACCAGGCGCCACGGCUCCCUCCGC